CCUCUUCCCCAGCUCUAACUUCGGAAAUCUUCGGAGAGCUGAGGGGAGGGGCGGAAGCAAGUCUGCACGGGGCGCAGGUUUUCACCUCACACCGGCUCGUAAUGUGACAGUGUGUAUGUCCGGGCAUGAGGAGGAAGAGGAGGUGGUUGCUGUCGAUGAUGGUGGGAAAGGAGGAGGUGCUCAGCUGAAGCUGCUGUAACUGCUCAUGACGCAGGAAAAACGCACCGCCAGCCCAAAAAGAGAGACACAGCGAGCCUGAAAAAGGCAGGAAUAAAUUAGAUAUAUAAGCGGAAGGUGCACGGACGGCACUCGGAUCCUCCGCCGCUGACAGGCCGUACACACUGACCGGGAAGAGAGGGGGAAACGGCGCGGGAGGCAACGUGAACAAGUUCUAAUGGCCGUGAAGUUGUGGGGGAGGAUAUAAAGGAAGGAGCCGGCCGCCCGCACUGCUACAUUACUGUGUGUGAACAGCGCGCUGACACAUGUGCGGCUUCUCCCGGCUGUCUGCGCCUCUGUUAUGAUAGGCAUACCGGCUCUGAAGCGCCUCCAGCCGGGGAGGAGGACUCACUAGCUGGCGGUUAUGCAAUGGUCUCUGCAAAACGUUCUGUGUUUGAGGUGGAGCUUCGUAAGACAGACAUAUGCCGGCUUGUCUUCUUUAUUAAAGAGACUAUAAUUUCUUCUCUUACAACUGCUACGUAAACAGACAAAAUUGCAAAGAUCUGCCCUGUGUCGAGUAUGACAGCCACGACCCGUGGCUCUCCAGUUGGAGGGAAUGAAAGCCAGGGCCAGGCUCCCGAUGGACAGUCCCAGCCUCCACUCCAACAGAAUCAGGCCUCCUCACCUGAUUCUUCCAAUGAGAACUCCCCAGUCAGCCCUCCGGAUGAGCAGGCACAAGGGGAUGCACCUCCCCCCCUCGAGGAUGAGGAACCUGCUUUUCCUCACACUGACCUGGCUAAGCUGGAUGACAUGAUCAACAGACCUCGUUGGGUUGUUCCAGUUUUGCCAAAAGGUGAAUUAGAAGUUCUUUUAGAAGCUGCUAUUGAUCUUAGUAAAAAAGGCCUUGAUGUGAAAAGUGAAGCAUGCCAACGAUUUUUUAGAGAUGGUCUUACGAUAUCCUUUACCAAAAUUCUCACUGAUGAGGCGGUGAGCGGCUGGAAGUUUGAGAUCCAUAGGUGUAUUAUUAACAACACUCAUCGCCUUGUGGAACUAUGUGUGGCCAAGCUUUCCCAGGAUUGGUUUCCUCUUCUUGAGCUUCUUGCAAUGGCCUUAAAUCCUCAUUGUAAGUUUCAUAUCUACAAUGGUACACGUCCAUCUGAGACAGUUCCGGCUGGUGUCCAGCUGGCAGAAGAUGAGCUGUUUGCCCGUCCUCCUGAUCCAAGGUCUCCAAAGGGUUGGUUAGUAGAUCUCAUAAAUAAGUUUGGCACGCUAAACGGGUUCCAGAUACUGCAUGAUCGCUUUAUGAAUGGCUCCGCAUUGAAUGUGCAAAUCAUUGCAGCUCUCAUAAAGCCAUUUGGACAGUGCUAUGAUUUUUUAACUCUUCACACAGUCAAGAAAUACUUUCUUCCAAUUAUAGAAAUGGUUCCUCAGUUUCUAGAAAAUUUAACUGAUGAUGAAUUAAAAAAAGAAGCAAAGAAUGAAGCCAAAAAUGAUGCCCUCUCCAUGAUAAUAAAAUCCCUUAAAAACCUUGCUUCGCGUGUUCCAGGGCAGGAAGAAACUGUCAAAAAUUUAGAAAUUUUUAGGCUUAAAAUGAUACUUAGGUUGUUACAAAUUUCGUCCUUUAAUGGAAAAAUGAAUGCACUUAAUGAAGUUAACAAAGUUAUAUCAAGUGUAUCCUACUACACGCACAGACAUGGCAAUCCCGAAGAGGAGGAGUGGUUGACGGCAGAGCGGAUGGCGGAAUGGAUUCAGCAAAACAAUAUCCUGUCUAUAGUUUUGCGGGAUAGUCUUCAUCAGCCACAGUAUGUGGAGAAACUGGAGAAAAUCCUUAGAUUUGUCAUCAAAGAAAAAGCCCUAACCUUGCAAGAUCUAGACAACAUUUGGGCAGCACAGGCAGGAAAACAUGAAGCCAUUGUAAAAAAUGUCCACGACUUGCUUGCUAAGCUGGCAUGGGACUUCUCCCCUGAACAACUUGACCACCUUUUUGAUUGUUUCAAAGCUAGUUGGACAAAUGCAAGUAAAAAACAGCGAGAAAAAUUGUUGGAGCUGAUACGACGACUAGCAGAAGAUGACAAGGAUGGAGUAAUGGCUCAUAAAGUGUUGAAUCUUUUAUGGAAUUUAGCUCAUAGUGAUGAUGUACCUGUAGAUAUAAUGGACCAAGCCCUGAGUGCUCACAUUAAGAUUUUGGAUUACAGCUGCUCGCAGGAUCGAGACACCCAAAAAAUUCAAUGGAUAGAUCGCUUUAUAGAAGAACUCCGCACAAAUGACAAAUGGGUCAUUCCAGCACUUAAACAAAUUAGGGAAAUUUGCAGUUUAUUUGGUGAAGCACCUCAAAACUUAAGUCAGACACAGCGCAGCCCACAUGUGUUCUACCGCCAUGAUUUAAUCAACCAGCUCCAGCAUAACCACGCCCUCGUCACUUUAGUUGCUGAAAAUCUCUCUUCCUACAUGGACAGUAUGCGACAGUACUCAAAAGUAGCUGAUUUCACUUCUCUUCCAGAACAUGGGGAGUAUGAUCCUCAGACUGUGAGGCCAGGAAGUCGCUAUAGCCACGUUCAAGAAGUCCAAGAAAGACUAAAUUUUUUAAGAUUUCUGUUAAAGGAUGGUCAGCUCUGGCUAUGUGCCCCUCAGGCGAAACAAAUUUGGAAGUGUUUAGCUGAAAAUGCUGUGUACCUUUGUGAUCGUGAAGCUUGUUUUAAGUGGUAUUCCAAACUGAUGGGUGAUGAGCCAGAUCUUGAUCCGGAUAUUAAUAAAGACUUCUUUGAAAACAAUGUGCUGCAACUAGAUCCAUCCCUCCUAACAGAAAAUGGUAUGAAAUGCUUUGAGCGUUUUUUCAAAGCAGUCAAUUGCAGAGAAGGAAAGCUUGUAGCAAAGCGACGGGCCUACAUGAUGGAUGACUUGGAGCUGAUUGGACUUGAUUACCUUUGGAGGGUUGUUAUUCAGGGUAGUGAUGACAUUGCAAGCCGAGCAAUAGAUCUUCUCAAGGAAAUUUAUACUAACCUUGGACCACGGUUACAAGUAAAUCAGGUGGAGAUACAUGAGGACUUUAUUCAGUCUUGCUUUGACCGUUUGAAGGCUUCAUAUGACACAUUAUGUGUGUUAGAUGGUGACAAAGACAGUAUUAAUUGUGCAAGGCAGGAAGCCAUACGAAUGGUUCGGGUCUUAACAGUCCUCAAGGAAUAUAUAAAUGAAUGUGACAGUGACUACCAUGAAGAGAGAACAAUUCUUCCAAUGUCCAGGGCCUUCCGUGGAAAACACAUAACCUUGGUUGUACGAUUUCCGAAUCAGGGCCGUCAGGUAGAAGAUUUAGAUAUAUGGUCUCACACAAAUGACACAAUAGGUUCUGUCCGUCGUUGUAUACUUAAUCGUAUCAAGGCUAACAGUGCACAUACAAAAGUGGAACUAUUUAUUGGUGGUGAACUAGUGGAUCCUUCAGAAGAUAGAAAGCUAAUUGGCCAGUUGAACCUGAAAGAUAAAACUCUGAUUACCGCCAAGCUUACACAGAUAAGUUCAAAUAUGCCUUCAAGUCCUGAUAGUUCUUCAGACUCCUCAACUGGAUCUCCUGGCAAUCACGGAAACCAUUACAGUGAUGGUCCAAACCCAGAAGUUGAAAGCUGCCUGCCUGGAGUGAUAAUGUCAUUACACCACCAAUACAUCUCUUUUCUGUGGCAAGUUGCAGAUUUAGGCAGCAGCCUAAAUAUGCCACCUCUUCGCGAUGGUGCUCGUGUUUUGAUGAAGCUUAUGCCACCAGACAAUACUAUUGUGGAGAAACUAAGAGCAAUUUGUUUAGAUCAUGCAAAACUUGGGGAAAGUAGCCUAAGUUCAUCUUUGGAUUCACUCUUCUUUGGCCAAUCUGCUUCACAAGUCCUAUAUCUGACCGAGGUUGUUUAUGCCUUGUUGAUGCCUGCCAAUGCACCCUUGGGAGAAGAUGCUAGUGACUUUCAGUAUAACUUCCUGAAAAGUGGGGGAUUGCCUCUUGUGUUGAGCAUGCUUACCCGGAAUAACUUUCUGCCAAAUGCUGACAUGGAAACAAGGAGAAGUGCGUAUCUUAAUGCACUCAAAGUCGCCAAAUUGUUGCUUACUGCAAUUGGUUAUGGACAUGUCCGGGCAGUGGCAGAAGCUUGCCAGCCUGUUGAAGGCUCCAAUCCUGUGUCACCGGAGGAGUUGAUCUCAGUGGUGCUGUCGUGGAGACUCCCAGAAAAGGAAUUAUCGGCUACCCAUGAUCAAGCAGUGGUGCUACAAAAUGCCCUACAGAACAUUCCUAAUCCAACUUCAGAAUGUAUGUUGAGAAACGUAGCAAUACGCCUAGCACAACAAAUAUCAGAUGAAGCUUCUAAGUACAUCCCUGAUAUUUGCGUAAUUCGAGCAAUACAAAAAGUCAUCUGGGCAUCUGGAUGUGGAUCCGUUCAGUUGGUGUUUUCAGCCAAUGAGGAAAUAAGCAAAAUUUAUGAGAAGACCAAUGCUGGUAAUGAACCUGACCCAGAAGACGAACAAGUUUGUUGUGAGGCUCUUGAAGCGAUGACUUUGUGUUUUGCUUUAAUACCUACAGCACUGGAAGCCCUGAGCAAAGAGAAGGCAUGGCAAACUUAUAUUAUUGACUUGCUACUACACUGUCAAAGCAAGCUUGUGAGACAAAUGGCACAGGAACAGUUCUUUCUUAUGGCUACUAGGUGCUGCAUGGGGCAUAGACCCCUGAUUUUCUUCAUCACAUUGCUCUUUACAGUACUGGGGAGUACAGCAAGAGAACGAGCCAAACACUCUGGAGAUUAUUUCACCCUCUUGAGGCACCUUCUAAAUUAUGCUUACAAUAGUAAUAUUAACAUCCCCAAUGCAGAAGUUCUUCUAAACAAUGAAAUAGAUUGGCUUAAAAGGAUAAGGGACGAUGUGAAGAGAACAGGUGAGACUGGUGUUGAGGAAACCAUUCUUGAAGGUCAUCUGGGAGUAACAAAAGAAUUACUAGCAUUCCAAACACCUGAGAAGAAAUACCACAUAGGCUGUGAGAAAGGGGGUGCUAAUCUCAUUAAGGAGCUGAUUGAUGAUUUCAUAUUCCCAGCGUCCAAUGUUUAUUUACAGUACAUGAAAACAGGCGAACUUCCAGCUGAACAAGCUAUACCAGUGUGCAGUUCACCAGCUACAAUAAAUGCAGGAUUUGAAUUGCUUGUUGCAUUAGCUGUGGGUUGUGUCCGAAAUCUCAGACAGAUUGUUGAUACAUUAAAUGAAAUGUAUUACACAGGUUGUGAAGCACUUACAGAGUGGGAAUAUCUUCCUCCAGUUGGACCACGACCUCCCAAGGGCUUUGUUGGGCUGAAAAAUGCUGGUGCUACAUGUUACAUGAAUUCUGUGAUCCAGCAGCUGUAUAUGAUACCUGCCAUCAGAAAUGGAAUACUUGCUAUUGAAGGCACUGGCAGUGAUGUUGAUGAUGACAUGUCAGGAGAUGAAAAACAAGACAAUGAGAGUAAUGUGGAUUCACGUGGUGAUGAUGUCUUUGGUUACCCUCACCAGUAUGAAGACAAGCCCUCACUUAGCAAAACGGAGGACAGAAAAGAAUACAAUAUUGGCGUGCUGAGACAUUUGCAAGUUAUAUUUGGCCAUUUAGCAGCAUCUAGGUUACAAUACUAUGUCCCAAGAGGUUUCUGGAAACAGUUUAGGCUUUGGGGAGAACCAGUUAACCUUCGAGAACAGCAUGAUGCUUUAGAAUUUUUUAAUUCUCUUGUUGACAGUUUAGAUGAAGCUUUAAAGGCAUUAGGUCACCCAACUAUGUUAAGUAAAGUCUUAGGAGGUUCCUUUGCUGAUCAAAAAAUUUGCCAAGGAUGUCCUCAUAGGUACGAAUGUGAAGAAUCUUUUACAACCCUGAAUGUAGAUAUUAGAAAUCACCAAAACCUGCUUGACUCCAUGGAACAAUAUGUCAAAGGUGAUUUGCUGGAAGGUGCAAAUGCUUAUCACUGUGAAAAAUGUAACAAAAAGGUUGAUACAGUGAAGCGUUUGCUAAUAAAGAAGCUGCCUCCCGUUUUGGCCAUUCAGCUAAAACGCUUUGACUAUGAUUGGGAAAGGGAAUGUGCAAUUAAAUUCAAUGACUAUUUUGAGUUUCCACGUGAAUUAGAUAUGGAACCAUACACAGUGGCUGGUGUAGCAAAACUGGAGGGAGAUGAUGUAAACCCUGAGAAUCAAGUCAUCCCUAAUGAACAAACUGAAAAUGAGCCUGCUGGAAGUACCAAAUAUAGGUUGGUAGGGGUGUUGGUGCACAGCGGGCAGGCCAGUGGAGGGCACUACUAUUCUUACAUCAUUCAAAGAAAUGGCGGAGAUGGAGAAAAGAACCGCUGGUACAAGUUUGAUGAUGGAGAUGUAACAGAAUGCAAAAUGGACGAUGAUGAGGAAAUGAAAAAUCAGUGCUUUGGGGGUGAAUACAUGGGGGAAGUGUUUGAUCACAUGAUGAAAAGAAUGUCUUACAGACGUCAGAAGAGGUGGUGGAAUGCCUAUAUUCUUUUUUAUGAACGUAUGGACACUCUAGACAAGGACAAUGAACUGAUCAAAUAUAUUAAUGAAUUAACAAUCACCUCAAAGCCCCAUCAGAUCAAGAUGCCAUCAGCUAUUGAGCGCAGCGUACGCAAGCAAAACGUGCAAUUCAUGCACAACCGAAUGCAGUUCAGCUUAGAAUAUUUCCAAUUUAUAAAGAAAUUACUAACCUGUAACAGUGUCUACCUGAACCCUCCUCCAGGGCAAGAACAUUUGAUGCCUGAGCCAGAAGAAAUAACAAUGAUUAGUAUACAGCUUGCUGCUAAAUUCUUGUUCACUACAGGAUUCCAUACAAAGAAAGUUGUUCGUGGGCCUGCCAGUGACUGGUAUGAUGCAUUGUGCAUCUUGCUCCGCCAUAGCAAGAAUGUUCGCUACUGGUUUGCACAUGGUGUUCUCUUUGCUUAUCCAAAUCGCUUUUCUGAAUAUCUUUUGGAGUGCCCUAGUGCUGAAGUUAGAGGAGCUUUUGCAAAACUUGUAGUAUUUAUUGCACAUUUUUCUUUGCAAGAUGGACCCUGUACUUUACCCUUUGCCUCACCUGGACCAUCAAGUCAGGCUUAUGAUAAUUUGAGCCUGAGUGAUCAGUUGCUAAGGGCCGUCUUGAACCUUCUGAGAAGAGAGGUGUCUGAGCAUGGUCGUCAUUUACAACAAUACUUUAACCUGUUUGUCAUGUAUGCUAAUCUUGGCAUGCAAGAAAAGACCCAGCUGUUGAAACUCAAUGUGCCUGCAACUUUUAUGCUAGUAGCAAUGGAUGAAGGGCCGGGUCCUCCAAUCAAAUAUCAGUAUGCUGAAUUGGGCAAAUUGUACACUGUAGUGUCACAGCUUAUCCGGUGUUGCGAUGUAUCAUCGCGUAUGCAGUCUUCUAUAAAUGGUAACCCACCACUUUCCAACCCCUAUGGAGAUCCCAAUUUAUCACAGCCUAUAAUGCCACUGCAACAGAAUGUGGCUGAGCUGCUGUUUGUGAAAACCAGUUAUGUAAAGAAAAUUAUAGAGGACUGUAGCAACUCUGAAGAGACCAUCAAACUUCUACGAUUUUGUUGUUGGGAGAAUCCACAGUUCUCUUCUACAGUUCUCAGUGAAUUGCUGUGGCAGGUGGCAUAUUCUUACACCUAUGAGCUUAGACCCUACUUGGAUCUUUUACUCCAGAUUCUGUUGAUUGAAGACUCUUGGCAAACCCAUAGGAUUCAUAAUGCACUUAAAGGAAUACCAGAUGACAGAGAUGGUUUGUUUGACACCAUCCAACGCUCCAAGAACCACUAUCAGAAAAGAGCUUAUCAGUGCAUAAAAUGCAUGGUGGCUCUCUUCAGCAACUGUUCUGUUGCAUACCAAAUAUUGCAGAGUAAUGGAGAUUUAAAGAGAAAAUGGACUUGGGCAGUGGAAUGGUUGGGUGAUGAAUUGGAGCGCCGGCCUUAUACUGGCAAUCCUCAGUACACCUACAACAACUGGUCUCCACCAGUACAAAGCAAUGAAACCUCGAAUGGCUACUUUUUAGAGAGGUCACACAGCGCUAGGAUGACUCUUGCUAAGGCCUGUGAGCUGUGCCCAGAAGAGGAGCCAGAUGACCAAGAUGCUCCUGAGGAACAUGAGUCCUCCCCUCCUGAAGAUGCCCCAUUGUACCCCCAUUCACCAGGUUCUCAGUAUCAGCAGAAUAACCAUUUGCAUGGACAACCAUAUACCGGCCCAGCAGCACAUCACAUGAACAAUCCUCCGAGGACAGGCCAACGAGCACAAGAAGAAUUUGAAGGCAGUGAAGAAGUCCCCCUAAUUCAGACAAAAGAUUAGUGAAACUCUUAGUCAUUUUACUUAAUUCCUCCGAGACUGUGCACCCAGGCCUUACAGUCCAACCUUCCUUUGUGUCUGGCUAAUAUUUAAAACUAGAAAAGAAAAAAAAAAAACUAUUCCUAAUCAACUUGGAGUGGAGAGUCUAUUCACUGUCUUAUCUGCAGAAACUUGCUGUCAAUAUAUAACCCGCCUGCAGUGGAAAGUGUAUAGUGUUUUGUAAUAAACGGCCUGAUGCUAAUGUGUAAAUGGCAAAGGUGUACAUAGUA